GCCUUUUACAGUAGUACUAGGUCAAAAGCUAAAUGGCCUGCAUUAGUGAAUCGGAUAAGCAUGAACGUUAUUACUCCCCUCUGGGUGAUAGAUGGAACUGUGAGGAAAUGUCCAAAAAUUUUUCUGACAGCAAAAAGUAUAAAACGUGGAGAAAAUUGUGGUUCUUUUUGGCCAAAGCAGAAAAAGAACUUGGAUUACCAAUAACAGAUGAGCAGUUAAAAGAGUUAGAAGCGAAUAUUAACAACAUAGAUUACAAUUUAAUAGCAGAGGAGGAAUUAAAAAGGAGGCACGAUGUGAUGGCCCACGUUUAUGCAUUUGGCCAAGUGGCUCCAAAGGCCGCUCCUAUAAUCCAUUUGGGAGCCACUUCUUGUUAUGUGGGUGAUAAUGCCGAUCUUAUAAUUUUUCGAGACGCCUUAGACUUAUUGCUAGUGCGACUUGCUAGCCUACUUGACCAGAUGUGCAAGUUUGCGGUGGAGUAUCGCGAACUAGGGACUCUUGGCUUCACCCAUUUUCAGCCGGCCCAGCUUACAACUGUUGGCAAGCGUUGCUGUCUGUGGAUCCAGGAUCUCCUGAGCGACUUUAGGCUUCUACAACACGUACGCAACGGCCUGCACUUCCGUGGGGUUAAAGGCACCACUGGUACGCAAGCUUCCUUUCUACAACUUUUUGAGGGCGACCAUUCCAAAGUGGAAAAACUUGACGAAAUUGUAACUAAGUUGUCUGGUUUUGAGGCUUCUUUUAUUAUAUGUGGUCAGACUUACCCUCGAAAGAUCGACUAUGAGCUCCUUUCUGCCCUUGCUGGGAUUGGCGUGUCUGUUCAUAAAGCAGCGACAGAUCUCCGGCUUUUAAGCCACCUAAAGGAAAUGGAGGAGCCCGCUGGCCCCGAACAAGUUGGCAGUAGCGCGAUGGCGUACAAACGCAACCCCAUGCGAAGCGAGAGGUGCUGCUCUCUGGCCAGAUACGUGAUGAGCCUGGCACAGAACCCGAUGGCCACGGCUGCGGCCCAAUGGUUGGAGCGCUCGUUGGACGACAGCGCUAAUCGCAGGCUUUGUCUUCCCGAGGCCUUUCUAUGCACAGACAUUGCCCUAAACACUCUGCAGAGCAUCUUUGAGGGGCUCGUAGUCUACCCUAAAGUCAUCGAGCGACACAUUCUCGAUGAGCUGCCCUUCAUGGCCACCGAGAACAUUCUCAUGGCGAUGGUGCGGAAGGGCGAAAACCGGCAGACUUGUCACGAGCAACUUAGGCUCCUGUCUAGGGAAGCAGCUGAACAAGUAAAGAUUCACGGCCGCAAGAAUGAUUUAGUCGAAAGAAUUAGACACUCUUCCUACUUCCAACCCAUUCAUAAUGACCUGGAAGAGCUUCUUAAUCCCAAGUCGUUUAUUGGUUGUGCUCCUCAGCAAGUGACCCAGUUUCUCGAAAAGGAAGUCUAUCCUGCAAUAUCCAGCUUUCAAGGACACUUUAAAAAUUCUACUUCUUUCAGCGUUUAA